AUGGUCUCCAAGGUCGCCGCUGCUGCUCUUCUAGCCCUGCCCGCCCUCACCAUGGGCGGUGCUAUUCCUCGCGAAGAAGCUAGCAUUCUCAUUGUCGGUGGAAGCCCUGCUUCCGCUGGGCAGUUUCCCUACAUUGUCACUGUGACUACCGACUCCACGAUCUGCGGCGGUGUUCUCAUUGGCGCCAAUACCGUCCUCACUGCCUCUCAUUGCACCUUCAAUCAGGAUGGUAGCCAGACCAGUCCGUCUGUUUACACUAUCCGAGCCGGUUCUCUUCAAUGGCAAUCCGGUGGCACAAUCAGCAAGGUUUCCAGCAUCACUCGCCGUUCUGACUACAACCCGGACACCACUGACAACGAUGUUGCGAUCCUGCAUCUCUCCUCCGCCAUUGCCGAGAGCACCAAUAUUGGCUAUGCCACUCUCACCGCUGCCGGAUCUGAUCCCUCUGGCAGUAUCACUGUUGCUGGCUGGGGUCUCACAAGCGAGAAUGGCAGUCUCUCUGCUGACUUACGCUACGUCUCCGUACCCGUCAUUGACCGCGCCGAGUGCGCCGCCGACUACAGCGGAAUCAAUGCAAUCACCGACAACAUGUUCUGUGCCGGUCUCCAGCAGGGUGGUAAGGAUUCCUGCUCGGGUGACAGCGGUGGCCCUGUCCUCGCUGAGGACGGUACUCUCGCCGGUGUGGUCUCUUGGGGCGUUGGCUGUGCUCGUGCUGGUUAUCCCGGUGUCUACACCAGACUUGCCAACUAUAUCGACUGGAUCAACCAGAACGCCUGA